AUGGCUUCUGAUACCGAAGGUGGUCAGCGACCAAUGCUGGCUUCUCAGCGCAAAGACACUCCCUCUGAAGCCACCCGGACCGCCGGCAAGACUGGCUACUUUCCCCUAGGAUACAAGGAGGGCUUCAGUCAAUGGGUACACAAACUCACGCACCGCUUCUUGUUCUCAUCACUAACUCGUAUCAGNUGGGCUGGUCUCUCUCCAGCCGUUACCGAACACCGCGUCCUCUCUUUCAUCCCGUAUCUCCAAAAGCCUCCGACCCACACCCAGACUGGUUCAGCCCCUGCCUCGACGAAUGUCUCAACACAGGACGUUACGAAGAUCGCAGCCCGACAGGCUGACCCAGUAACUACAUCGACUCUCAACGAUCCCUAUGGCCCUCGUAGAUGGAACUCGGACUUGGUAGAAUUGGCAGGGAAGAGUCGCUUCUUGAAUGAAUUCUCGGUCGAGAGGAUUGGUGAGCAAGUUGACAACAACCUUGUCAUGAUCCACGGCUACGGUGCCGGUCUCGGAUUCUUCUAUCGAAACUUUGAGAGUUUGUCUAGAUUGCCAGGCUGGAAACUAUACGCUCUGGAUAUGCUCGGUAUGGGCCGUUCAUCGCGCCCGCCGUUCAAGAUUCAUGCCAAAGAUCGUCAGGGAAAGAUUGAAGAAGCUGAGAGCUGGUUUGUUGACGCCCUAGAGGAAUGGCGUGUUAAGAAAGGCAUUGAUCGUUUCACUUUGCUCGGUCACAGCAUGGGUGGCUACAUGGCCGUUGCAUAUGCUCUCAAGUAUCCUGGUCACCUCAACAAGCUAAUUCUGGCUUCGCCUGUGGGUAUUCCGGAAGACCCUUACGCUGUCAAUGCCGAUAUGCCCGAACCUGAAGACUCAACCAUGGUGAAUGAGUUUACUCAAGAUCAGGCGAACUCUGCCAAUGGUACAAAUCCCGAUAUUCCGGCAUCAGCAAAGACUGGAGACAACAACAACUUUAUGAACGCAAAGGCGAAGAGAGAUGCUGCCAACAACAGUGGUAAGCCGCCUAAGAAGCCAUUGCCGAAGUGGCUUACAACCCUCUGGGACGCAAACAUCUCGCCCUUCUCCUUUGUUCGCUGGUCCGGUCCUCUGGGUCCUCGUUUGGUAUCAGGCUGGACGAGUCGUCGCUUCAGCCAUCUCCCAGCCGAAGAGUCCCAAGCCUUACACGACUACAGUUACUCCCUGUUCCGUCAACGAGGAUCAGGCGAAUACGCCCUGGCAUACAUUCUCGCUCCUGGCGCCUUUGCUCGUAGUCCUUUGAUCCGCCGCAUUCAAGGCGUGGGCCGUCAGUGGAUCUCAGAACCUCACUCCUCACCAACUCCUGACAACGCUUCCUCUACUCCUACUGGUCUGUCAAAGGUUCGUGAGACGGGCAUUCCGGUCGUUCUCAUGUACGGAGAAAACGAUUGGAUGGACAAAGAUGGCGGUCGCGCUGCAGCAGAAAAGAUGCAGGCCGAGAAGCAAAAGGCUCUCUCCACCGCCACCGAAGAGGAGAAGAAGAAAGAGAACGGCGAUGCCAAGGUCGUGAUCAUCCGUAAGGCUGGUCAUCACGUCUACUUGGAUGGAGCAGAUCACUUCAACAGUGUCAUGGAUGAGGAAAUGAGAGAUGUGGAGGUCAGAGAGAAGAGGUUGGGGUUCAUGAAAUAA